AGCGGCAGCAGCCUCAUCAGUCCACGGAGCAACACCGACCUCCUGCUAGUCACCAGGCCGCGGCAUGGACGUCGGAGCCUGGCCUGUUUCAGCGAAUCACCCCGGGUCUGGGUCGAACCGUUGUCCGCGCUGAAGCAGCAGCAGAAGCAGAAGCAGAAGGAGCGGAUGAUGGAGGAGGUGCGGAGUUAGAGCCAGUCCGUGUGCGGAGCCGCUCCACGGCGCUCCGAUGCAGCAGAAAAAUCGCCAUUGUUUGGAUGCGCAGCAGACUGAGAGGAAAAAUACAGACUGUACUUAAAGUGUGUGAAAGUGUUUGACUGAGAGGCAGACGCCAUGACUUCCCUGCUUCUUCUCACCUUCUCCCUGCUCUGCUUUUUCCAGACUGUCCCAGCCUUCCUGGUGACCCUAAACGAUGAUGGAUUGAUUGUAGCGACGCUCGAACACUCAGACCUGCAGGACAACAUUACAGCAUAUGCUGCUCAGUUUUCUGGAGAGCCACGGAUCAGCGUGAUCCAGUUUGUGAACGCCAGCGAACCUCUGCUGUUCAACACCUCCCUUCAUGGCCUCUGCUACACUGUGGGGUUGCUGGUCCGAUGGGGACAGUACUGGUCCAAACCCGUCAAGACUGUAUCUGUCCUCACAAAGCCCCUCCCUCUGCACAGUGUGCAGAUAUCUGACUAUAAGGAGUCUCCAGAAACCGGGGUGGUGUUUCAGAUCGAGCCCCCUGUAGGAAACGUCUUCAGCCGUGUUAACAUCAGCUACACUGAAGGACAAGAGAGGCGCUCGAUGCUCUAUAAAGAUUUCUACAGAGGGAAGACGGUGUUCAAACACUGGUUACCGGGAGUUUGUUACCGGAACAUUACCUUUCAGCUCAUCUCUGAGGCCACUGUGUACCAGACCGCCCUGGUUACACACAGUGACAUUACACACACACCACUGCAUCACAGGACAGUGCCCUUCCCUCCCCUCAACAUUUCCCGUAAAAUUGUCCAGCUUAGCCAGGGGGCGCUGCCGGGUUUAUCCCCCAGCAACAUCCCCACUGAAGGGAACCACGACAACCGUCAGGGCUCCCGCCACACCCGGGACAUCCCUCUGAUGGAGGAGCAGGAGACGCACACAGAGGAGGAGAAUGCCUCAGUGGAGGUGGGCGGGACUGCCACUCAGGUUCCCCUCAGUCCAACACACAACGUGACGGGCUUCGAUGAUGUAAGCACUAAUGAUACGACGGAAAGCGAGACCCCGACAGACGGCCCCACCCCCGCUGACAGAGAUGACGAGUUUGUGAACGCUGUAGUUCCUGAGUAUGAAGACUCCAACGAGCCUGGCUCAGCCAUGGGUCUGCCUCCUGAACCCUCCAUCCUGCCCACCAAACUGCCCCCCAUCCUGCUGGAGCUGCGCUGGCUGCCGCCCAGACCCCCCACCACCUUCGACGGCUUCAACAUCUACAUCUACAGAGAUGGAAAUUCCACAGAAACAGCUACUGUGGAUGAAAACACUCAUGAGUUUUUCACAGAGCUGACAGAACCAGGAACGUACCAUGUCCAAGUGACCACGUUGAGCUCAUCUGGAGACUGUGAGGCUAGAGAGAGCACUGCUGACACUGGCUUCACCUUCUACCUGAGUCCUGGAGGUGAGCUUCUGGAGGAGCUCAGGGAGCGUCCUCAGGCAGUCAGCGUCCGUCUGUUGGACACCAGCACUGCCGCCGUCUCCUGGGCUCCUUCCUCUGAAAACCACAACGGCAGCCUGGUGUCAGUCGUGUCCAUGACGUGUCUGAAGCCGAGUUUGAGCCAAAGGAUGGAGAACACCUACUGCAGCGAGGAAAACGCGACAAGCGACAUCAUCAAUAACCUGAUGCCGGGGGCUCAGUACAGGGUGGUCGUCUAUCACACUAAUGGACCACUGAUCAGUCCUCCAUCUGAACCCGUUAUCAUCGAUAUAGAGCCCACAGGUGUGCGUGAACUGGCCGUUUACCCACUCAGCCCAACAGCGGUGAUCCUGAGCUGGCAGCGGCCGUACCACGUCGCCUUCCGCAAAUACGUCCUCCAGACCUUCUUCUUCAACCCUGUCACAUUGGCAUCAGAGUGGACGACUUACUACGAGAUCGCAGCCACUGCUUCUGUCAUCGCAUCAGUGAGAGUGACUGAUCUACUGCCCGCUUGGUAUUAUAAUUUCCGAGUUUCCAUGGUUACAUGGGGUGACCCGCCACUAAGCUGCUGUGACAGCUCAGCCGUGAGCUUUGUAACAGCUCCAGAGGCACCUCAUAUCUCCUCCGUGGAUUACUCUCAUGGUGUUUUGUAUGUUCGCUGGACGUACGGGGAGCUCUUCAUUGACCUGUCGCACUCCAGGAUGCUGCACUGGCAGGUGGUGGCCGUGGGGAAGAAAGGCCCCGAGAAGAGCUACUCUGUCGAUGUGACUCGCAAUGUGAUGCGGGCCAGCCUCCCUCUGCCACCAGGAGACAUCUACAACCUGACAGUGACAGCAUGCACCGAGCGCAGCAGGAACACCUCCAUGCCCAACAUCAUCAAACUGGAGCCAGCUCCUCCCAAGUCUCUGUACGCUGUGAAUGCCACUCACUCAUCUGUGACUCUGCUGUGGACCGAGGAGGGAGUGGUGGACUACUACCAGAUCUUCUGCAAACCCAACAAAGCCAGCAAAGAAUUCAAGGCUCGGGAGCCUCAGACAGUAACAUCCCACUUGGUGACAAUUUCAGGUUUGUUGCCCUCCUCCUCCUACAACUGCACCGUCAUCAGCUUCAGCUACAGCACACCCAGUAAACCGGCUCACAUCACCAUCAGCACCAUUGCUAAAGAGAUGAACCCAAGUGUAGCAGCCAUCUCGGCUCUGGCCAUCCUCAGCAUCCUGCUCAUCAGCCUCCUCGUUCUCUUCCUGCUUGUCUUACGCAAGAAACAUCUGCAGAUGACGAGAGAAUGUGGUGCUGAAACCUUCGUCAAUUUCCCUUCUUUUGAAAGAGAUGGGAAGCUCCCUUAUAACUGGCGAAGAAGCCUCUUUGCCUUCCUUACCCUACUGCCAUCCUGCCUUUGGACUGACUAUCUUUUGGCUUUUUAUAUUAAUCCUUGGAGCAAGACAGCUUUAAAGAAACGGAAGUUAACAAGCCCAGUGCAGUUGGACGACUUUGAUGCCUACUUCAAAGAAAUGAGCAAAGACUCAGCGUACAAGUUUUCUCUGCAGUUUGAGGAACUGAAAAGUGUCGGGCUGGAUCUUUCUCAUGAUGCUGCAGACCUACCUGUCAACAGACCAAAAAACCGUUACACCAACAUCCUCCCCUAUGACUUCAGUCGGGUGAAACUUAUCUCGAUGCACAAUGAUGAAGGGUCAGACUACAUCAACGCCAACUACAUACCUGGUUAUAAACAUGCAAAGGAGUACAUCGCUACCCAGGGUCCACUGCCCGAGACCAGGAACGAUUUCUGGAAGAUGGUCCUGCAGCAGAAAUCUCCGAUUAUUGUCAUGCUCACACAGUGUAAUGAACGGCGAAGGGUUAAAUGUGAUCACUACUGGCCGUUCACAGACGAGCCGGUGAUGUAUGGAGAGAUCAGCGUGGAGAUGCUCACUGAAAACGAGUCUCCUGAGUGGACCAUCAGGAAAUUCAGGCUGGGAUACGCCGAUGAGACUCAGGACGUCCUCCAUCUGAACUACACCUCAUGGCCAGAUCAUGGCGUCCCCACUGUCAACGCCAUCGAGAGCAUCCUGCAGUUUGUCCACAUUGUCCGUCAGCAGGCCAACAGGACCAAAGACCCCAUCAUAGUCCACUGCAGUGCUGGAGUCGGACGGACGGGAACCUUCAUCGCUCUGGACCGUCUCAUGCAGCACAUCAGAGAACACGAGUUUGCAGACAUUCUGGGGAUGGUGUCUGAGAUGAGAUCACACCGUCUGUCUAUGGUGCAGACUGAGGAGCAGUAUGUAUUCAUCCAUCAAUGUGUCCUGCUGAUGUGGCAGAAGAAGAAGCAGUCCAUCACGUCUGAUGUUAUCUACGAGAACGCCAGCAAGACAUAAUGAUGGGCGAUUUGUCCAAACGCUGUCCAACCUCCUGUGCUUCAGGCAUCCAUUCUCUGCAGAAGAAGAAACGCUUCAUCAUCAGUAUCAAAAACAAAACAGCAGAACAUCGAUGACAAAGAGAAAAAUUUAAAAAAACAAAUUACGUUUUUGUGAAUUGGUGUUAAAGCAUGGGUAUGGAGAUUUGCCUUACGGAGCCUUCACUGACUGACCAACAUGUUGAACCACAACCCUUCUCUGAACUGGACUGAUCCACGUCACUGCAGGGCCAGAGGGGGCGGGGACUUAGCCAGCUCCGCUCGGCAAUUGGAUGUCUACACUGUGUCCGUCCUCGUUCAGAUGACGUGAGGUGACAAGUCGGUGGAGCUGAGUCAGCAGUUUGAUUUUAUUUUGUUUUCUUUUCUUUUUUUUUUAGUUUUUUUUUUUUUUUAGUUUUAAUCUCAGGAGAAGCUGGAAAGCCAGCGAGCACACUGGCCUCUUCCUUUGCUUUGCCAUCAUUCAUCACCUCUUACAUCAAUUUGUUUCUGUGUAAACGACGUGCAGCUUUGGACUAGCAGGCGGUCCAUGUUCCACACUGCCACCCGAUACGGGACCAUAAAUAUGUAUCACACUGAUUAUUACAAACAGGCUGAUGAACUGCCGUGACCGCUGCACAGAGAUACUCCACUGAAAGAACCCAGCAAGCAUCAGACCAACGAAGACGCUCUGGAUCAAAAAUUAGCACAAAAUUUUGGCGGAUUUUUAAUCAUGUUAAUUUACUGAGAAUUUAGAUACAGUGCUAUCAUCACUUGAAACCAUACGGGCAGUUGGUGCUGCAGGUUUAACAUACCGAAAGCUAGAUUUUAGCUUCAAAGCAGAUUUGGAAAGUAUUCGAAAUGUGUAGGUCCCAGGUUCCCUGAAUGCUGCUGAGUUUGACGACAGCUGACUUUUUACUUUACAUUAAAUGUCUGAAUGUUUGCUGGGUCUGCACAAGAACUUAAAGGGCACAAACAAAAAGAAGUAAACGCUGAAAAGAGCGUGCCUCCUGCUGCCGUCCCGUCGCCGUUAGAGGCCAGUUUAGACGUAGAGACUGUACUUAGUGGUAGUUUGUUUUUGCACUGAGGCCUUGGAGCUGCCUGACCUGCUGACUGAAGAAGGGAAGAGUUUGUGCUGCUGUUUCUGACUGUUUGAUGCUGUACAGACGUGUCCCUCCAUAUCCGUCCUAAACUGAGGUUCUGUCUCCCCAUGAAGCCAGAAGGACUUCCAUCAGCUGCAACAGUCCUGUCCUGUUUGGAAACGAGCUUUGGAGAAGUUCAAGCGAAAGCACUGACAGUAAUGUGAGUUUGUCUGAAAACAGACAGUUUAUACUGAAGCUGGAAGUAACAGAAACAUAUCUGCUCAGCGUAUCACAUGGGCUGGCCCGAGCCUUCACAGGGGUCCCAAAGGACAAUUGAACUUUAUUUUGUACCAGAUAAUUACAAUUCACAACAGUGAACCUCAGAGUAACAAACCUAAAACAAUCACCAUCAUUGUGACUUCCGAAAGUGCAAAUAUUUACUGCUUUUGUUACAGAACCUCAAAUCUGAAAAUGCAGUCCAAUACCCUCUAAAUAUGUUCAGGUCUUUUAAUUAUUAGACCAUUUUGUAAUAUUAAAAAAAUAGCAAGACUGCAUUGCAUUCUCCUAAGACUUGUAAAUUCCUAAAAGAUGUCUAAUCCCUAAAAUGUAUCUCUUGAAUAUCACACUAAGUAUUCAUUUUUUACAUAGCACUUGAGGUGUGACAGUAAUUACCCAAAUUAGUAAUUUGAAGAAACUGAUGUAAAAAAAAAAAAAAAAAAAA